CCAGUCUAUGUCCUGACCUGCACUGUGACAAACGCUCACUGACAUGUCCAUCGCGAAUUGCAAUGGCACCCGUGUAGCAUUCUUAUCUUUGAAGCCCACAAAUCAGACUCUUCGCUAUCCGGUGCACCAUCAGAGACGAUGGAAAGCCUUCGGAUCUGCGCUACAUGACGGCCUAAGGAGAGAUGCGCAACAGCGCGAGAGGAAGCUAACGCAAGGCCGCUGGUCUUCACGAACAUCUUCGGAUACUCUGAAGAACAGCAGUUGGUCAGAUAGAGAGGCGAGCUUUCCUCGAGUCCAUUCCAGGACGACACAGGGCAAGAAAGAUUCGCGUCGUGAGGAACGCGGGCGGCGAUCAGAAGGCUCAAGGCAAGACUUCGAGUCAGGAACGAGCGCCUCGUCCUAUCCGUUAAGUGUCCCAUAUACUACGGCUUCCUCUGAAUUUUUGUAUGGAUACAACACCGUCUAUGCCGCCUUGCGAGCGCGGAAGCGAACAUGUUAUAAGCUAUACAUCCAUUCGCGUGGUGCUUCAAGAGAUGAGGACUCAAAACAGAAGGUUACAUUGCGGAAUCUCGCAAGACAGGCCAAGGUCUCCAUUGUAGAGGGUAGUUCUCUCGAUGUCAGACUUCUGGACAAGAUGAGCGACGGGAGACCCCACAAUGGCGUAAUUCUUGAAGCAUCUCCAUUGCCCAUCUUUCCAUUAACAUCUUUAAUGCCCCAGGAUUUCAACACACCAUCGCUGUCUACAUUUGGCAUCCAGACCAAAACCGGAAAAAUCCAACGAUUUCGACACAGCAAUCCACAACCCACCGUCCUGUUCAUCGACUCUGUUCUGGACGCCGGGAAUCUGGGAGCUAUCCUCCGCACGUCGUAUUUUCUAGGCAUGGAUGCGGUGAUCUUAACCCCUCAUUGCGCUCCCUUGAACGCAGUUGCGCUCAAAGCGAGCGCCGGAGCUGCAGAAGCGCUGAAUUUGUUUAGAUCCGAGAACCCUGCGGGGCUGCUUGAAGACAGUGCGAAAUCCGGGUGGAGAAGUGUUUGUGCCAGUACGCCUGGGGAUUCGAAAUCGAGGAAUGUAAUGACCUUUGAAAUGUCGGAGAGAGGAGUGCGAUAUUCCUUUGUUGAGCAGGCGCUCAGAGCGGGUGAAGGCGUGGACGAAUUCUUAGCGAGAGGACCGGUAAUCAUAAUUGCAGGAGGUGAGGGCAGAGGGUUAAGGAAAUUCAUUACCGAGAAAGCGAGCGGGUUCGUGGAAAUUCUGCCACAAGAUCCAGCAGCAAUCGAAACGGUGGGACUGGACAGCUUGAAUGUCAGCGUAGCCGUGGCGAUGGUUUCCCAGGAAGUUAUGACCCGAAUGCGAGUUGGUUCUGGGACGGUCCUACACUCGCGGCCACUUGAAAAGACACAAGGACUUCAAGAAGCUUCUUCGGUGGGGGUGAAUCUGGAUGAGAAGGGAGACUUGGGCUUUUCCACCGGUCCAAGCCCACGCGUGCAAGCCAACAUCAAUGAGAUCGAAGAAGGGCCAAGCGAAGUUGAGAGGAGAAACGAACUGCUCUAACUAGCCCUAGGCAACGCUGUCUUGAGCAGCCUCAGAAAGCAAAGUGAAGUCGCUAAAUUACGGUCACGCUGUAUUGGACGACCAGUCCCUCAGUGAGAUUCUUUGCGUAGGAAGAUACGUACGGGCAAGAAAGUGCUGUGUCAAAAAAAAUUUUUUUUGAAGAUUCAUAACCUAACAUGGUACGUCAGACCUUACCGUCACGAGCGUCAGCCUCGCUCUUGGAGAUCAAAUCAACAGAGCGGGCUUUGACGGUGUCGCAAAUCCUCUCCACCGUCUUGAGUUAUGUGUGCAAAACGCUCGUCCGGUCUUGAAAUCGCAAACGAAGCGUCCCCACACCGUCGGACGUUCCUUUCUCUCCUCUCAAAUGCACUCGUUCAGGUCAUUCCACUCACUGGCUCCAAGAGAUGGGGAUCUGCCACGACGUCCGCUCACAUGACAGUGCAGCUCGAGCUCGUUUUGGCGGGCCGCUGGCCUCGUAAAGACUGCGCGGCGUCGCGCACUGCCUCCGACAAUCUCCCUGACUUCGUUGCUUCCUUCGCCGCACUCCGCGCUUGCUUUGGCGCCGCGCAAGCAUAUUUGUUCGUAGCGCCGAGCACCUCGCCGGCCUUUCCAGUCAGCCCCGAUCCUCGAAAAGCCGUACUCUGGCGCAGAGG